CAAUAGAAACGCGCCCCAGGGGCUCAAAUCAAUCCUGAGUAGCACGUUUUCACACUCUGGCUGCCUUUGCAUGUAGCAAGAAGUCCAUCCCAUCUCAGCGCCAUUAGGAUUCCUAUGAUCUGGAGAAAGUAAACACGAGAGAGACUCAGUUGCCUUUCUUUAGUCGCAGUUGAUGAUGAAUACAGGAACUGGUGUCGAGAUGUUGAACUCGCUGGAGCGGAGUGAUCACACCGCAUUCGUGGAAGGGAGCGUUCUUUAUGUGUGGGGAGGCUGUAAGUCAGUCUCUGGAACAGAAACACUGUUACCCAGUGAUGAGAUUUGGCUGUGCGAUUUGGAGUGCGGAAUAUGGGAGCGGAGGAGGAUGGAGGGAGAACUCCCUCCGGCCUUAUCAGGCGCCUGCGGUUCUUAUCACAAUGGCACUCUCUACGUGUUCGGAGGGUGUGACCCCAACGGACACACCAACCAGCUUUACAGUGUUGACCUGCUGGAAGAAUGUUACACCUGGAGGAGAGUGACAGACGCCCGGGGAAACACCCCCUCACCCAGAGACAAACACUCCUGUUGGGUAAACCGAGACAGGCUCAUCUACUUUGGAGGGUAUGGAUGUAAAACCAUAAGAGAGGUCAACAACUCAAGGAACUUCACAGUCGAUGAAUCAUCCUGGGCAACGAUUGGGACGGCAUUCUUUAGGUUCUGGGGCUGGAACAGCGAAGUCAACGUUUUUGACACACACACUGCGACGUGGAAGGAACCUGAAACCCAUGGUCAGACCCCGGCUCCUAGAGCCUCCCACACCGGCGCCACCCUGGGGGACAAAGGUUACAUCUGCGGAGGUCUGGAGGACACAGCUUUGGACAUCCACUGUCUGGAUCUGGACACCUGGAUAUGGACACGGAUUGACCUCCCCUCGUCUUUGGUGCCUGUGGGGCGUUCCAUGCACACCCUGACCCCAGUGUCUGACCACACCCUCUUCCUGUUUGGUGGGCUGAGUAUCACCGGUGAUUCUUUAAGUGACGGAUGGGAGUUUGACACUCAGACAAAGACAUGGAGAGAGAUGGAUCACCUACACCACGACAAGCCCAGGUUGUGGCAUUCGGCAUGUCGGGGCAAGGAUAGUGAUGUGGUUGUCUUCGGGGGGAGCCGAGACUACGUCCUCCUGAUGGACUCGGUCAAUAUUUUGAGGUCUCCAUCACAGAACCACUGCAAAGAUGUUCUAGUCUUCCAGACCCAGCCAUACCCCCUCCUCAGAUUAUGUGAAGACUGCAUAGGACGUAACGCUGAUGUUUUGCAAGAGCAGCUUUCAUGGCUGCCCCCCAAACUACAGGAGACUGUGGACAAGAGAGUGUCCUUCUUCAGGAUAGGCCCAAACCAGGAAAAUAAAAAACAGUUGGACCUGGUUUUAGAUUGACAGUAUAUUUACUUGAUCUAUAUAUUUUAGAUAUAUUACAGUAUACCAAUAUAUUACAUGACUUAAGUUUUAUUGACUGUUGUGUUUAAGUGUGGUAUUCUAUUUGUUUUUAUCUGAAAAACUUGUUAAUUUCACUUUUCUAAAGUUAAUUAGGAAAUGAGUCUCAUUGGUGCUUUAAACUGUCUUUUUCUAUGACCAUUCAGCUCUCCUCACACAGGUUUGAAUGGGAGAUGGCUACAGGUAGUAAGACCCUUGUAAAUAACAUUCUUUAAUUGGAUAUUUGGCAAAAAUAAGUGUUGUAAAUGCAGUUUUUUUUGCAAUUGAUGUACAAUCAUCAAUAGCAGCCCAAUUAACUUGACAAAAUGAAAACAUUGGAAAAUAAGGUUGUUGUAUUGUAUCUUUUAAUGUUGACUAAUAAAAUGUUGCUGAUUAAAAUGUUAUUGUUAGAUGUGCUCUAUUCAAAGCCUACUCUUUGGGUAGACUGGGUACCUGACUGGUUCUAUAUUCAACAAUGCUAGCUACAUAGGCUGUGUUUAGACAGGCAACCCGAUUCUAAUCAAAAGGCCAAUUAGUGAAAAAAAUGUCAGAAUUGGGCUGCCUGUCCAAAUGCAGCCAUUGAAAUAGUCCCUCUUGAUAGCUACACAUUGGCUGGCGCAAGAUUUCAAAGAAAGCUUGCAAGAUUGGCUAGAUUUGACAUUGCUGCAUUAACGACAAGUUCGCUUUCUAAAGCAGAAGCAGAGACAUUCUGGCACAUAGGGUACUCUUUGGGUAUGUAAGAAAAAUAAUGACAUUCUGAAAUAUUCAAUGUUUUACUCAAAAUAAUGAAUUUGAAUGCUUCAUUGCACAACUUAGAAUUGAAUAAUAUAAAUCAUACAUAUUACAUUUUUCAAACUAUUAUAAAACACCCUUGAAUCCUUGUGAAUGAUAAAAUGAUUUAAUUAUUUGUUUCUGUCAAGCUGUAUCACACCACCAAUUAAGUAUCUUUUGUAUAUACUGCACUGCUCUUUUAGGACAUCAUUAGUUCUGUCCUCGAGUGCUUGCAUAUUAAUGUUCUAUAUUAUGUUUGGUGUGGACCCCAGGAAGAGCAGCUGCUGCUUUCACAACAGCUAAUGGGGAUCCUAAUAAAAUACCAUUGAUUGAUUACUAAUUGCGCACACCUGUUUCUGCCCAGCCCAAACCAGGUGCUGCUAAUUAGUGUAACUAUGGUAAUCAGUAGAUACCGACCGGUAGGUAUUCUAACAGGUACUAGUUAGUAGAUACAGUAUGCUAACAAGUACUAACACAGAAGCCCCCUAGGUUCUAAAUUCUAGAAAUAU